GAAGUGGACAUCCUGAAUAAGAGAUUUGUUCUGUUUAGAAUGUUGAAAGAGGUUUACCUGUGGUUAUUAGAGUCAGUUGCUCCCUUACCUAACUAUGAUAUGGCCAUAUCAUGAUUUCUUCAGCUGGAAGGUGACAAGUUUGUUCCUUGGCUGUGGGAAGUUGUUUCUUGAAACUUGCGAUCUCUGGUCAGCCUAAGAUUCAGAUAAUUAGUUUUCCCUUAUACUCUGUAGGAAUCAAAAGAGGUUUGCUCUUUUGCUGCACGUUUCAGCAGAUUAUCAUAGUGAGUGCCGUUGUCAUUUCUUUUAAAAAAAAAAUAGGAAUCAUCUUUUGAAAGAUCUUGGCUUUCGUGCUUAGGUGAGUUGUUUGAGAACCUUUUGAUGACCUAUGCUGGCAUUGAACGGAUAUAUGUACGAUCUGAUUGAUUGCGUACAGCCUGUGGCAGCAUUAGAACCAGGGAAAGUAUGAAAAACUAAAAUGACAGAUCUUUUCAAAUGUUGAUCACGGCUUUGUGAGAACUUUCUUUUUCUGUGAAUAGUUGGCACCAAUCCUCAAUUCUCUUUUUUUGCUCUGUGCUCCAGGGAGAAAGGGUUGCCUAGCUGGAAGAAGGUUAUAUAAUUACUUGUUGUUACCAACUGAACUUAGUACGAGAGUUUACAAUGCCUUAAAACUGUUGGAAUGUUGAGGGCGUUGGUUGUAAUUUCUUUUGUUGUCAUAUGGUAUGAUUAACUGGUCAAAGUGGAAACGAAGGGGAACAGUGCAAUACAAACAUUUAUGCGCAUUUGAUAUAUCGUCAGUUUCUUACUAGGAUUGGCACUAGUUUGUAGAACAUUCUUUGAGGACAAUCCAGUUUUACAAGGUCUGCUUAGUAGUAUUAUGAUAUCUAUGUCUUCUAAUUUCCGAAAUACUACAUAUAUGGGGAUCCCUGCUUGAAGAUCGUCAGAAGUUUGGACACUUGGCAAUUUUCUUCUGUCCGUUGGUAGUGGCAAACUGUUAGUAACUGUGCUUAGUAUGUUAUUGGAGUAUUGUUCUUUGAAUUAUUAUGGGCUAGACUUUUUAGUCGUGAUUGUCUUGUGGUUUCGGUUUUCAUUCUGCUGACUACCUUUGUGAUCAAGCUGCUUACUUGUUGCUUAGAAAGUUGAGAGGAUGUUAUCAAACUAGGAUGAAUAAUUAUGGAGAUUGUUGGCAGAUAAGUUGCUAAAUCAGUAGUUCAGUUAUGCUGAAAACCAAAAUUAUAACCUGACCAACUCACUUUCACUCUUGGAAUUUUCAAUUGUUAUCCUGUUGAUAUUGUCAUCUAUUUUAUCCCCAUCGGCCAUUAUUGAUGUUUUAUUUUUCCAAUUUUCUCUAGAUUUUGAAAUUUCUUUUCUCCUUUUCGACAUUUCAAGGAUAUGAUGAUCGCUGGGUGACUUUGACAUCCUAUUUAUUUGGUGGCUAUGUUUUUCUCAGAAAUCACAAACUUUGCCAUCUCAGGCUGUCCACUGUUGCUAGUUGUUGCUUUUAUGAUUGAUGACAGAUGCCAUUAGAAUUAUUUUUAGAGCAGAUUGUGUAAGUGGUUUUUAGCUGCCAAGAUGCAGUUGGUCCUUCUGAAUCCUGAUAGUCAAACCGAAAACUUCUUGAGUAAGCCGCAUGUUGAGAGUAUUCCAUAUAGCUGCUUUGAGGCUCACUUCACCAGUGUAAUUAUCCUUGCGCAUUCAUUUAAUGAAAAAAUUGCUAAAGAGGAGGUAAAUCUGGGUUUGUUCUCUUGUUAGAGGUUGAAUUGAUCUUCAGAAGCUGUUUAUUUCUGGACGGCAGAAACUUUCUGUGAACCUAGCAAAAUGUAAUCAUUGUUCGUAACUGCGGCAGUUUAUCCUUGGUAAUCUUCUAAAAGAUUUCUUUGAUUUUUGAUGAUGUUGGAUUGUUAACUAGAUUUGAUGGAUAAGAGGUUAGCAAUUCAAUUGAUUGGCGCAUACUAUUAUAAAUCAAUUGGGCCCGCAAUUUCUGUGAAUUAUCUGAUCAGGUAUCAGUAAUGUCAUUUUUCUUUUGGAAAAUGAGCAUAUGUGAAAGAUUCUGUUGCGAGCAUGAAAAUGUGCAAAAAUGGGCUGCUUCAGUUAGAGCAGUGGGUGUCUUCUUUCAGAGAUUAAAUCCACUUAACUGACAUAACAGAACUGAGAAAUGACUCACCUUCCUUGUUUUCAUUGUCACACCUGAAGUUAUUUCCUGCAUUUGUUUAUUGUCAGGUGAUGCUGGAUAGGGACACACUUCGCCCUCGUGGUUUUGGAUUUGUGACUUUUGCAGAAGCACGAGCAGUGGAGGAUGCGAUCACUGACAUGCAUAAUCAAGAAUUGGAUGGUCGUACCAUUUCGGUAAACAAGGCGCAGCCCAAGUUGAGUUCUGAUGACACUGGCUAUGGUUAUGGUGGUGGUGGUGGUGGUGGAGGCUACUCAUCUGGCAGCAGGGGAGGAGGUUAUCGUGGUAGAGGUGAUGGGCCUGCCCCAGGGGGUAACGAUUGCUUUAAGUGUGGCCGCCCUGGCCACUGGGCCCGUGAGUGUCCCUCUGCUGGAGGCGGUGGCGGUGGCGGUGGCGGUGGUCGGUUGUCUUCCCGCUCUAGGUUUGGUGGUGGCGGUAGUGGUGGUGGUAGUGGCGGCGGGCGUGGGGACCGUUUUGGAGGAACGUAUCGCUAUAGUGACCGUUAUAUUGAUGACGAUCGGUAUGAUGGGGGCCGAUAUGGGGACCGAGACCGUGUCGACAGCAGGGACAGUAGGUACGCUGCUGGUGCUGGAGUGCGCGACCGAUAUGCCAGUGAUCGGUACCUGCCUAGCGGGGAUCGUUUUGCUGACAGGUACGGGGCACUGGACCGUUACCCUCAGAAUGGCUAUGGCAAAGAAAGAAGCUAUGAAAGAGAGAUACCACGAGGCGGUGGUGGCUAUGAUAGGGAUGUGCCGCGAGGCACCGGUGGCUAUGAAAGGGAGGGACCACGAGGGGCCGGCGGGUAUGAAAGGGAGGGGCCACGGGCAGGUGGCAGCAGUGAUAGGUAUGGAGGAGGAGGAGGAGGGCCGGCACGCUAUGAAGGAGGUGGUUAUAGGGAUAGGCCUGGGCCCUAUGACCGUCCCAGCAGGGGAGGACGCCCUUCAGCUUACGAUGAUCGCUACUGAUUUGUGUUAUCUGUAGUACACUGAGGAAUUGCUGUUUCCUUUGGGCUUGUGGUAUGGUUAUUUAGCUGUUUCUGUUAGUUCAGGGUGUAUUGACUAUUUAAAUCAGUAGCGGACUGAGAUGGCUCAGUAAGUUUGCUUCUUCGUGCUAGUUGCUGCACUCAGCUGUUUUAUUAUUAUCUAAUUGUGAAUCAGCAGUUUUUAAUCUGCAGCGCCUGUUACCCAACUGACUGUCUAUCUUGGCGGCCGAUCUUCUAGUUAUUUACUUUGGUGUCAUCUUAGUACAGCUUAAACUUUCAUAUUGAUGCUCUGGGUUUGACAAAUUUGGGUUAUAGUCGUGAGCUGAAUUUCUUAUUCGGGUGAGUUGAUGAGCAGCUCUACUUGGAGUAAGAUUUUUACAGUGAUAUUGGUCAGAGUUCUAUUAGCAACCGGUAAGAUGAGAAAGCUGCUUUAUUUAAGGUGCUUGACCUUUGUGGCGACCCGAGUGUCUGUCACGAUCGGUUUUAUGUGGUGAUAAGAUCGUUUGUGUUACACGCGGUGUAAGUAGGAUUGCAUAUGAUACCAAGCAUUUGGGAUGGAUGGAUGGAUAUAAUACAAUGAGAUGAGAAGAUGAAAAAUAGCUAACUUUUGUGUGUGUGUAGUUGUCGAGGACUGGUUGAUUUUGGUCCAUGAAGGUUUGAAUGCUUGAUACUGCUAAGAUGUAAUCACUACCACUUUGCGCCGCAGAUGAUGCAUGCCCUUAUUUUUGUUAAAUGGCAUCUUUUCUAUAACUGAGAGUUUCUGCAGCUUUGCGAAUCUGAAAUUUGGUUGUCACUUGCUCCAUCCUUCCAGUAUAAAGAGAGACAGUAGUACUGGAGGUGGGUUUUUGAUAACAUUGUGUGGGUCUGUUCGGUAGCCGGUGGUCUGAGAUGGGAUUAACAUUGAAUUUGGUUGUAGUUCGAUGGUAUUUGAUUUGAAAAUUUUUGUUUUACUACACUUUCCUGCUGCUCGUCGUCGCUCCGAUGCGCACCUGCAGCUCGCCAGAAUGAAUCUUUUCUCUCCGCUAACAUUACUCCCGCGCCUGCUCAGUGUUAAUGUCGCGCAAUUUCUUACUUGAUUGCUAAAUGUAAUCUAUAAUAAUGAGUUGUUUGGGUUCAUAUAUUUAUUUUUUCUUCUAUUUUCCAAAA